AUGCUUUUUAUUAUAUUUUCAUUACUAAUUAUUGCUGUAUUAAUUGGUUUUCUAUUUAUUUUUCCUCGUUAUACUGAAGAAAACGAUUUGGCUAUGUUGACGAAGUAUCAAUCUAUUAAAGAGGGUCUGUUGUCUGUUAUGACAUUUAAUAUUCGAUUCGAUGGACCCGAGCGUGAUCCAAAUAAUCAUUUUACAAAAAGAAUUUUUCGUUUAACGGAAACUAUCAAGAAAUGGAAACCAUCUAUUCUAAGUGUACAGGAACCAUUUGCCGAUCAAUUACGUCAAUGGCACUCUCACUUACCGAAACAUUAUCAAUAUAUUGGUUACCAACCUGAUGAUGCUGAUAGUAAUCUUGUACAUCCUUUAUCUCAUAUGUAUUUUCAAGUUGCUAUCUUGUAUAAUAAUCACGUAUUAACGCUAUUGGAACAAGAUUAUAUCUGGCUAUCAAAAUCACCACGAAUAGUUGGAAGUAAAGAUUGGGAUAGUCAUGGAGCUCGCACAUUGAAUAUUGCACGAUUUAAAUUGAAUAAUGAUGAUAAUUCUACUAACAUUCUCGUUUUUAAUACUCAUUUAGAUGUCAGAAGUGAACAAGCACGUCGAGAACAAGCGAAAAUCAUUCGAUCAACGAUAAAGCAAUGGCAAGAAAAGUAUCCGAAAGCUGUAGUUUUAUUAUUUGGAGAUUUUAAUUCUGUUCCAAAACAAAUAACAUAUAAUAUAUUGACAUCAUCACAUUUUUUAUAUGAUACUUGGACAGUUGCUAAAACUUCCGGAUCAAUGUGUGUAUCCAAUACAUUUUCCUCAACUUUUCAUGGUUGGCUAGGAUCAAUAGUCAAUACUUAUGGAUUUCAAAUUGCACUAACAAUACUAUAUACCUUUCAUGGAUUAGGUGUUAAAUUACUGCAUGGGGUACCCACAAGUCCUUCAUUUAUUAUCGACGUUUUAAAACAAUUAUGGAAAGUACGUCGAACGAUAAAUUUAUCAGAAAUAAUUUCACUGUGGUCUUCACAUCGAUUACAUGUUGAUUGGAUUUUAUAUCAAGAUUCGAUGGAUCGUAGUCAACAUUUACAACCUCGAUUUAUAGCUGUAGUAGAUAUUCGAUCGAAUAACUAUUCUUCCGAUCAUUUUCCUGUUGUUGCUCUCUUCCAAAUUAAAAACGAGUUAUAA